AUGAAGUUUGAGGACAUCAUAACAGAGAUUAAUGGAUUUGGAAGGUUCCAGAAGAUGAUCAUUGUCUUCAGCUUCAUCGGCCGCUUCACUCUCCCGUGCCACUUCUUGCUCAACAACUUCAUCUCAGCUGUUCCUUCUCACCACUGCGACCUGGAUGAUGGAGGCACUUUAGAGAAUCUGACUCUGGCUCAGAAGCUGAGGGUCAGUAUUCCAGUGGAGGACGACGGCUCUCUGAGCUCGUGUCAGAUGUUUGCAGAACCACAGUUCCACCUUCUGCACAACUGGUCCAACUCCUCUCAGCUGUCCACCGUGUCCUGCAGGAGAGGAUGGGUGUACGACAACAGCACCUUCAAAUCCACCAUUACCUCUCAGAAUGGGAACUCUGUCACCAUGCUAACGCUACAGUGCGAGGGUCAACAUUUCAAGUGGAUGCCAGAGUCUGCAUGCUGGCUCAUCGCUAACAGAAAGCUGGAAGACGCUCAGACAUACUUGCAAAGAUGCGGCACAAUGAACGGAAUGGAAAACGAAACAAAGAGCCUCAGUAUCAAGACGCUUUCAACUGACGUGGUGACGGUGAAGAAAGAUCAAACGUACACCUACCUUGACCUGAUUCGUACGCUGAAAAUGAGGAUAUUGGUUUUACAGACUGGUAUAGUUUGGUUCUGUGUAGCAACAGCCUUCUACGGAAUCAGCUUCAACAUCCGCGGCUUUGGCCUCAACAUCUACCUCACUCAUUUCACAUAUGCCGCUGUGGAGAUCCCAGGUAAAGUGGUGGUGUUUUUCCUAUUGGAUCGAAUCGGCAGGAGAAGCACGAUGGUGGGAUCUUUGCUGCUGGUGGGAAUCUGUUUUGGAAUAAACAUACUGGUCCAAGAGGACCAGUCGGUGGUCAGGACUGCAGUAGCAUCCAUUGGAAAGGCUUUUUGUUCGUCCUCCUACGCAACGAUUCCACUCUACAUCUCAGAGCUGUAUCCUACUGUGGUCAGGCAAAACGGGAUGGGCUACAACUCCUUCAUGUGUCGACUGGGUGUCGUGGUCGCUCCCCUUAUUCUGCUGCUGGAUGAGCUGUGGAGGGACCUUCCCCAGCUCAUCCUCAUGUCCGUGGCCAUCUUGGGGGCAGCCGUGUCCCAGACGGUGAGAGAGACGCGCGACCGAUGUCUGCCAGAAACCAUUGAGGACGUUGAACAGCACUGA